AUGGUGGUCACAUCCUCCGCUCGUGAUUACAUCAACCGCAUCUUGCAAGACAUCUCCGGCAUGAAGGUUCUAAUCCUUGAUUCUCAAACGGUAGGUGUUGUGAGUGUUGUGUAUUCGCAGUCAGAGCUUCUCCAGAAAGAAGUGUUUUUGGUUGAGUUGGUAGAUUCUAUUUCCAAGUCGAAGGAAUCAAUGUCGCAUCUCAAGGCCGUUUACUUCCUUCGACCUACAUCAGAGAAUAUCCAGCUUUUGCGCCGCCAGCUGGCUAGUCCUAGAUUUGGAGAGUAUCACCUAUUUUUCUCCAACAUAAUGAAGGACACUCAGAUUCACAUACUUGCUGAUUCAGAUGAACAGGAAGUUGUCCAGCAAGUUCAGGAGUUCUAUGCAGAUUUUGUUGCAAUUGAUCCUUAUCAUUUCACUUUCCACGUGCCUUCACAUCACAUAUAUAUGCUCCCAGCUGUGGUAGAUCCUUCAACAGUGCAGCACUUCUGUGACCGAGUUGUUGAUGGUCUCGCAGCUGUCUUUUUGGCUUUAAAACGCAGACCAGUAAUUAGGUAUCAAAGGACAUCUGAUAUUGCGAAAAGGAUAGCACAGGAAGCAUCUAAACUGAUGUACCAGGAGGAAAGUGGUCUCUUUGAUUUUAGGCGAAUGGAAGUUUCUCCACUGUUGUUAGUGAUUGACAGGAGGGAUGAUCCUGUCACACCAUUGCUAAAUCAAUGGACCUAUCAGGCUAUGGUUCAUGAAUUAAUAGGAAUCCAAGACAACAAAGUGGACUUAAAAUCCAUUGGUAAUUUUCCAAAGGAACAGGAGGAGGUUGUGUUGUCAUCAGAACAAGAUUCCUUUUUCAAAGCUAACAUGUAUGAGAAUUUUGGAGAUAUAGGUAUGAAUAUCAAGAGGAUGGUUGAUGAAUUUCAGCAAGUGUCAAAAAGUAACCAGAACAUCCAAACAAUAGAGGACAUGGCCAAAUUUGUUGAUAAUUAUCCCGAGUACAGAAAAAUGCAUGGAAAUGUAACCAAACAUGUGACUUUAGUAACUGAAAUGAGCAAGAUAGUUGAUGAGCGAAAACUUAUGUUAGUUUCACAAACAGAACAGGAGUUGGCUUGCAAUGGAGGACAAGGAGCUGUUUUUGAGGCAGUGACAAAUCUGCUAAACAAUGAAAGCAUAUCAGAUGUGGACCGACUACGUUUGGUCAUGUUGUAUGCCUUACGUUAUGAGAAAGAUAGCCCUGUUCAACUAAUGCAGCUCUUCAACAAACUUUCCAGAUCUGCCAAGUACAAACCUGGGCUUGUGCAGUUUCUUCUGAAGCAAGCAGGUGUUGACAAAAGAACGGGUGAUCUUUUUGGAAAUCGAGAUCUAAUGAAUAUUGCUCGGAACAUGGCUCGUGGUUUGAAGGGUGUUGAGAAUGUUUAUACCCAGCAUCAGCCACUUCUGUUUCAAAUCAUGGAAAGCAUUGUUAAAGGGAGAUUGAGAGAUGUGGACUACCCUUUUGUUGGAAAUCACUAUCAACAGGGAAGGCCGCAGGAUGUGAUCAUCUUCAUUGUUGGUGGGACAACAUAUGAGGAGUCUCGGUGUGUUGCUUUACAAAAUGCCAACAAUACCGGCAUUCGUUUUAUUCUCGGUGGCUCUUCUGUUCUUAAUUCUAAAAGGUUUUUAAGGGACUUGGAAGAAGCUCAAAGGGUAGCUCGUUCUAGCACUUCUGUUUGA